AUGGACAAAUAUGAAUAUGUAAGUAAAAUGGAAUUACUUCUUGCUGAUAAGACAAGCUUUGAACGUCUUAAUGAUGAUCCAACAACUACAUUGGAAGGUUCAUUAGUGCGUUUAUUGUUAAGAUUAUUGAAAGAAGUAAUGUUGAUCCAAGUAAAAAUCCGAAUCUUAUGGAUUACAGGGAUAUUACCAUUGGUUGGAAUUCUUCAUAUAAAUGCAUCAAAACAAGUGGUACAAGAAAAAGCAGAGAAAUUAAUUGAACUUAUGUGUGAAAAGUUAAACACGGAUGGUCUCAAUAUAGAAGAGAACAAAAGCUGGACAAAAAUUUGUCACAAAUGGAUUAAAUCAAUGGAUUAUCAACAUCGUGCUGAUAUAAACGAUGAACACGCCAUAGACGAAUCAUCGAUGAAACGAUAUCGUCGACCGCGCAAAAUUAGUUUCAAAUCUGCCUUCCGUGUUAGUAGCGCUCGUGUUUCAGCCGCAAGUAGUCGAAGCAGUAGCAGUAGUAGAUUUGGUAGUAUUGGUACAAGUGGAAGUAGAAUAUCUUCUUUCGGUUCAAACUAUCAUAGUGCGCGUACUGGUGCAAGCAUUUAUCGUCCAAAUGGUUGGUUAUGGAGUCGUACUCGAUAUGUUUUUCUUCCAGUAUCUCAAAACUACGUUUACCGAUCUCGUUCUUCAUAUAAUCAAAAUACAACACUACCGAUUGCUUCUUCAAGAUAUUAUUACUGCACACCAUCGAAUAGUAGUACUUCAAAUACUUCGAAGGAAAUUAAAUGCAGUUCAAUUAACGGCGAUUCACAGUGUUGUGAAGAUUCAACAACUGAACAAGCUUAUUGUUGCGGUGGUUCAAUUGAUGGUGAUGUUCAAAAAGAUUUCAAUAAAGCAACGAAAACUAUAGCACGAAUAUUUUUUACUCUUUCAGUCAUAACCUUUUUUAUGCACAUAUUUAUGAGACAAUUACAUCGAUGA